UUUCGGUGGCGGUUAUUAUGUUAUCACUAUUAUUCCUCUUUAUUUAUUUACUCUUUCGGGAGUCGUCGCCCCGGGCGAGAUGACUCGAAGCCCGGCCAGCGCAGCGUCUCGCGGCUCCUCCGGGCCUCUUCGCGCCUCCGUGACGCGGCCGCCUCAGACGGGCUCGCGUUUUCCCGAGCGAUUUUCGUUUUCCCGAGCGAUUUUCGCGCGAAAAGUGCACCAUUCCUCACUCCCGGUGACGUGAAAGGUGUUAUUCCCCGGUCGUGUCAAGUCCGCGGUUUCAAAUGUGUUUCCUCACUCAUGGUAUUCUCCGGCCUCAUGCUGUGCUCCACCUAUCUCUAUUUUUCAGGUUUCGAGAAUAACCCGUUCAGCGUGCGUGUAAUUCCAAAAGGGUAUUGUUUUGGGUGUUGCCCGGUAAAUGAUGACGAGGAUAUAACGUUCAAUUUGUACACAAGAAAAAAUGCGGUCAAUCCUCAGUUGCUGAGAAUAGGGGAUCAAGGGAUCCUGAGCCAGUCGAAUUUGGACGAGCGGGACCCGACUGUCAUUUACAUUCAUGGCUUCAGCGAACAAGGAACGGGACCAUCCGCGAUGGCCAUCAAAAAUGCAUACAUGAGCCGCGGGGACUUCAACGUGAUUGUAGUAGAUUGGAAUUCGCUGGGUGCGUUUCCGUGGUACAGUCACGCCGUAUCCAACACCCGCCUUGUAGCCGCCAAAAUAGCGCAUCUUCUCCAGUUCCUCCACCUCACCACGAGCAUCACUUUGGACCGGGUUCACGUCAUCGGAUUCAGCCUCGGCGCUGAGAUCGCCGGCUACGUUGGAAAAAGUUUGAGUUUGGGCAAACUUUAUCGAAUUACAGGCCUGGAUCCAGCGUUCCCGCUGUACUAUUUUCAGGGGGCGAGGGGCCGUUUGGCCGCAUCGGACGCCUCUUUUGUUGACGUCAUACACACGGACGGAGCCGUUUUCGGGUUCCCGACCCCGAUGGGCCACGCAGACUUUUAUCCCAACGGCGGGAUCCCUCCGCAGCCAGGGUGUGCCAAGAUGUCUUCCAAAAGACAACUAGCCAUUUUCCAUUUCAAUAUUCGACCCUCCGUCGUGGCAUGCAGUCACAACCGCGCGUGGCGCUACUACGCGGAGUCGGUGCGGAAUCCCUACGGGUUCAGAGCAAUCAAAUGCACGGAAGUGAGUUUCGUAAAAGGGCUCUGCAUCAGUGAGAUCGGCUUCGACGGCACCGGGACGGGGACUGCCCGAUCCGCGCCCGCUGUUAUGGGAUUCGCCGCUAAUCCCAAUCUCCGCGGCCAGUUUUAUUUGCGAACGAAUGGACAAGAGCCCUUCGCUCAAUAUCCUCCUGUGCCGGAGCCAGCGGCGUAUGAAGACUAUAACAGUGAAGAACUCGAAGAUGUGGAAAAUAUUCUAUGAAUGUUCGGAAAAGAAGAUACAUCUCAAAUUGUCUUCUGAAGUCAAAACUCAUUAGAAUUAUAAGUAAAAGAUUAAUAACUUGCAAAAAUGUGGACCUUUGAAUACCUCUUGCGAUUUUAUUUCAUUCGCUGAUUUUGAAUCUACUUAAACUAAACUGAAGGAUUCUGCCGAGCUAAGGAAACAUGUCGUAUGAACACUCAAAUGUUGCCAAUUUUUCCCCAGCAAAAUAUUUAUUUUUGAAAAAAGCUAUGACAAUUUUUAUUUGAAAUUAUCAAACAUUCAAAUUGAAAUGAGCACAAAUUCUGGGAAGAAAUCAAAGGAAAAUAUGCAUACAUUUGCAAGAAAAUUCUCAUUAUUCAAGAUCAAUUUUGAUCAGAAAAAAUUCAGCAAAAUUUGAAUGUUCAAACGGUGCUAUUCUUUAGCAGGACAGAAUUGUAACAUAAAAUAGAUUUAAGAUUAAUCUUGUUUAGUUUAACUGGAUCUGUAAGUAAAAGAACUACUUGGAAAGAA